GGAACACCUGCGUCUUGCGGUCAACAGACCUGGGGAAACGGAUAGGAUUGGUUCUCCUAAAGUUGGUGUGGUCUUCUUUCUUCGAUGAUUUCACGAACGUUACUCGUGAUGUCUUGGCAAACAAUACCCGUUGGGCAAUUGAAACGUUGUUUGACCUUCUCGGCGUUAAUUUUGACAGGGAUGGCAAGAAGGCGCCACCUUAUGCGCCGGUGUUCAACAUGCUGGGCCUUCAGAUGGACCUUGCCGAAUCCUGUGAAAGGCGUAUUUCAGUUGGCCACACCGAUUCACGGAGAUCCGAACUCUUGGAAUUCCUGCAAAGCAUCCUUGACCAGGGCUCGCUGGAGCCAAGAGUCUUCGAGAGGCUCAGGGGUCGAAUGGUUUUCUUUGAGGGUUUUUCCUUUGGGCGAGUUCCAAAUCGCGCGGUUCGAACCUUGUCUGCAGCCUGCAGAAAUGCAUCUACGUCGGACAGAUUGCAUCGUGAGCUUGUGUUGUGCAUAGGUGCCCUCAUGGACAGAGUGAAGUGCGCUUCCCCGCUCAUCAUUCAGCCGUGCUCUAGGGAAACUUGGAUCUUGUUCACCGAUGGUGCAUGUGAGCCAGAGAAAUGCUGGGGAGGGGUUGGAGCAGUUUUGUUUGGGCCGAACAGGCGGGUAUACCCUGGCUAUGACAAGGAACAGAGGGCAGCCUGA